CGAACAGCAACAUGAACAGUAACUAGGCAGAGGGUGCAUUAUUGAACAAUUGGAUUUGUUUUCGACAUGUCUUACUAUGACAUUGAUUCGAUCUUGACCGAUGCCCAGAAAUUGCCAUGUACCUUUGAAUUGGAGGUGCCAGGUCUUGGGAUUCUAGAAGGGAAUCCUGGAGAUAACAUCAAAGCCGGCACUCGAAUUGAUCUCCCGUUAUGGCUGGGUGAAAUGCUUUCUAUUGGAGCGCGCCUGGGCACGUCUCCUUUAGUCACCAUCGACAUUCCCUCUGCGCUAUCAGAACGGGUAAUGAAUGCUCUGAAAGCAGACCCCCGAUCGAUUGACCUGCGAUCAUUGGCUCCAAAUUUCUACAGUCUCAGUGAACGGAUCCUGGAGCUGUUUGAAGAAGAAGAGAUGGUUGAUAUCCUCAGUAAUACAUUUAAGACGCGGGCUGCUGAAAUUGCUGACCAUGCGCAUAACCCGAAAGGGGCGCUUGGAGACGGGGUAGAGUUUCUGCAAGGCUUGGAUGAGACGGAACGGCAGUUGUUCCGCGUGGCCCAUGAUAGUGCCAAAGAGACCCGGAUCUGGGCGGGAGAGGCGAAGAAGAGAUGAAUUCCGCCUCCCUGGUGAGAACUGAGCUGAGCUCGUUCGGGUGUGAGGAUGGGUUGCGGCCAUGCUGCUGCUGAUUUGGUGGAGUUAUGGGAAUCCCCAGGGACUUGGUUUUGCUGCAUUAAUGAUGAGGGGUUUGUUUAUACGUUUUUAGUGAAUCUUUAAAAUACUAGCAUUGACUGGCUGGAGUUCGAGUUCCAAUAGAUCAUUCUAC